CUAAUAUCAAAGAAUAUGUAUUUAGGAGUGAAUAUCACAAAAUAUAGAGAAAAAUAAGGGAACUAUUUUCAUUGUGGAAUCAAAGGAAAAAAGUGUUCUUAGGUCAAGGAAAGUAGAAAAACAAAAAUCUGCAAAUAUCUUUCGAAAUUUCGUUAUUAUGGCUCUAUAUCGGGCUGUUGGGAAGUCCCUGCGAUUAGUUGAGUCCAGGACCAUAACACCUGUGUCUGCGUACCACAAAAAUGUGAUAGACCACUAUGAAAAUCCACGGAAUGUUGGUGCGAUGGACAAGAAGGAGAAAGCAGUUGGUACUGGUCUUGUAGGUGCACCUGCAUGUGGUGACGUCAUGAAGUUACAGAUUAAGGUUGAUGACAAUGGGAAGAUUGUAGAUGCAAAGUUUAAGACAUUUGGAUGUGGUUCAGCCAUCGCCUCAAGUAGUCUGGCUACUGAAUGGAUAAAAGGCAAAUCUUUGGAUGAAGCUGGUGCUAUAAAGAACACUGAUAUUGCCAAAGAGCUUUGUCUUCCUCCUGUUAAACUACACUGUUCAAUGCUUGCUGAGGAUGCAAUCAGGGCAGCUCUGAGCGAUUACAAGCUGAAAAAUUCACCUACAGAUGAAGCAGAAAAGGCUACUCGGGCAAAUUAAAAAGGAACUCUGUUGAUUUUAUUAAUUUCUUACGCACAAUACAAGGCUUAGCAGUGAUGAGAAAUUAAAGUACAAGGCUUAGUAGUGAUGAGAAAAAGUAAAUGGGAAAUAUAACUUGGAUCGGUGAAUAAGUAUUAAUGAAAAAACAUAUUGAGCAUAAUGGAGAAAUUGUAUCAUGGCAGAUAAAAAUUCAAUUUGUGCAUUGCAGUUUUUAUGCCUUCUUAGAGUAUAAGAAAAACUCUAAUAAUGAGAAUCCUCAAAUGUACAAUGCACAUUUAUAUGGACUGAACGAAUUUUUCGGAUCUAACCAUUUUGCUAAAUAUUUUAUGCUGUAAGAAGCGCACAAAGAGACAGAGUGGCUGUUUAUUGUUUUAAGCAAUAGUAGUGUAUAUAUAUAUGUGUAGUUGUCUCACAAGAACAGGGCUACUUCAAUUAUAAAAACAAACCAGAUUCA